AUGGGAAUUUUCUAGUUUUCGUAUUAAUUAGAAAUUUCAGAAAGAUCAUUAUUAAGAACAACAACAGAAAUUGAUCAUUAUAAUUUAAAAAAUUCCCUAUGGGUCUGCAUGAUUACAAUAUUUACAGUAGGUUAUGGAGAUCUAUAUCCAACUACUUAACUUGGAAGACUUUCUAUGACAUUAGGUUUAUUUUAUGGAGUCGCUUUGACAUCACUUUUUACAGCUAUUUUGUAUGCUGAUUUACAGCCAUUUGUUUCAGAAUUAAGAUCUAUUACAUUAUUAGAUAAAGCUAGUAUAAAAAUUGAAAUUCGAUAAGUUGCUGAAAAAAUUCUAUUAAAUUUUUAUAAAUUAAAUUCUUAUUUACAUAGAUAUCAAAUAAAAAAUAGUGUUAAUGAUCCUGCCACUUUGAAUAGAAUUAAUUAAAUCUAAGCUUUUUUGUAAGAAGGAUAAUAACUUAAAAGGUAUUGA